AUGGUACAGCAAGGCGAGGACGUUUGCCAGCCGUUUUGCUUUCGACCGUCGCCACCGCCGUCGGCUCAGAUACCCGGACCCGUCGCCAAGCCGAUCCAACGUCGGGCACGGUCGUUCCAGCGGACGUCCGCGCCGUGGGAUGUUCGGUCGAAGUUGCUCCAGCUGGCGCUGCUGAUACUGGCGUGCUGUGGCGGGCUGACGGACGGGAGCUGGUGGCGAAUCGCCGACCUGUCGCUGGACGCGGCCCACUUCCACCGGGACAACCGGAGCUUUGAGCUGUGCGGCGACGGGACGUUCUUUACCGCCCAGCAGCGCGACACGUGCUACGACAAUCCGGAGCUGCUAAAGGUGAUUGUACACGCUGCCAACACUGCCAAAUACGAAUGCCAAACAUACUUUCAAAACAAUCGAUGGAACUGCUCGGCCAAGAGGGGCAACAGUAUCUACUACGGUAAUUUCGAUGACAAAGGGAAUCGUGAGACCGCCUACCUGAGCGCCAUCAACUCGGCCGCCCUUGCCUGGACGAUCACGCGGUUCUGCACCAAGGGCGAGCUGAGCUCGUGCCACUGCGACCACAUCCAGCGCAAGAAGCACAGCAAGUGGACCUGGGGCGGUUGCUCGGAGGACAUCAACUACGGCAUCCGGCAGGCGCGCCUGUUCACCGAUCCGACGGAAAACCGCACCAGCAGCUUCGGCCUGAUGAACCUGCACAACAACGAGGCGGCACGACGAAUAUUGCGGUCCAGGAUGGAGAAGGUAUGCAAAUGCCACGGCAUGUCCGGUUCAUGUACGACACGGGUCUGCUGGCGCCGUCUUCCACCGAUGAAACUAAUCGCCGACACGCUCGGUUCGAUGUUUGACGCCGCGGCGCAGGUGAAGCCGGUCGAGAACAAGGGCAUCAUCAAGAAGCUCAUGCGUAAGGAUCUCGAGUACAAGAAGGUGAACAAGUCCGAUUUGGUAUACAUCGCUGAAUCGCCCAACUAUUGCGAGGAAAACGAAAGCUUGGGCAUCUUCAGCACACGCGGAAGGUUCUGCAAUCGGACGUCGUACGGUAUCGAGGGCUGCCGGCUGCUGUGCUGUGGCCGAGGCUACCAGACGCGCAUCCGGAACGUGGAGGAAAAGUGCAACUGCAAGUUCGUGUGGUGUUGCGCGGUCAAGUGCGACACGUGCAGCAUGCGCAAGGACGAGCACAUUUGCAACUAA